AUGCCUGGGAAAAGCCAGGUGUGUGACAGCUCCCCUUCAUGUGGCAAAUGCACCAAUGUGUUCCCCUCCUGGCUCAACAUUGCCAUGGCCAUGGUGGGAACCAGAGGGGGAGUGGAUAUCCGUGAGAUCAAGGAGAUCCGUCCGGGGAGGAACUCGCGGGAUUUUGACCGGUACCAGGAGGAUCCGUGUUUCCGACCCGAGCACUCCCACUGCUUCGUGCUCCUCUACGGCACGGAGUUCCGCCUGAAGACCCUCAGCCUGCAAGCCACUUCUGAGGAUGAGGUCAAUAUGUGGAUCAAGGGGCUGAACUGGCUGGUGGCAGACACUCUGAGGGCACCCACUCCCCUGCAGAUUGAAAGGUGGCUCCGGAAGCAGUUCUACUCCCUGGAUCGAAACCGGGAAGACAGGAUCUCUGCCAAGGAUCUGAAGAACAUGCUGUCUCAGGUCAACUACCGGGUCCCCAACAUGAGGUUCCUGCGGGAGAGACUCACGGAGGUGGAGCAGAGGAACGGGGACAUCACGUACGGGCAGUUUGCGCAGCUCUACCGCAGCCUGAUGUUCAGCGCCCAGAAAAUGAUGGAUGUGCCGUUCUUGGAAAGGGGUGGAGAAAGGUCUGAGCACUUCAGGGUGUCGCUGCUGGAGCUGCAGAAGUUCCUGCUGGAGUACCAGAGGGAGCUCUGGGCUGCAGAUACCCUUCAGGUACAGGAAUUCAUGUUCAACUUCCUGAGAGACCCUUUGAGGGAGAUUGAUGAGCCUUAUUUCACCCUGGACGAAUUUCUCACCUUCCUGUUUUCCAAAGAGAACAGCAUCUGGAACUCGCAGCUGGACAUGGUGUGUCUGGAGAACAUGAACAACCCCCUCUCCCAUUACUGGAUCUCCUCCUCACACAACACGUACCUGACGGGGGACCAGUUCUCGAGCGAGUCCUCGCUGGAGGCGUACGCGCGCUGCCUGCGCAUGGGCUGCCGCUGCAUCGAAUUGGAUUGCUGGGAUGGUCCCGAUGGCAUGCCGGUCAUCUACCACGGACACACCUUAACCACCAAGAUCAAGUUUUCUGACGUCUUGGUCACUAUCAAGGAGCAUGCCUUUGUCACCUCUGAUUUCCCCAUCAUUCUGUCCAUUGAGGACCACUGCAGCAUUGCUCAGCAGAGGAACAUGGCUCAGAAUUUCAAGAAGGUCUUUGGGGACAUGCUCUUGACCAAACCAGUGGAUAUUUCUGCUGAUGGCCUUCCAUCUCCGAACCAGCUCAAGAGGAAGAUUCUCAUCAAGCACAAGAAGCUGGCAGAGGGCAGCGCUUACGAGGAGCUGCCCACGUCUGUGAUGUACUCAGAGAAUGACAUCAGCAACUCCAUCAAGAAUGGGAUCCUCUACCUGGAAGACCCCAUCAAUCACGAGUGGAACCCACAUUACUUUGUGCUGACCAGUAGCAAGAUCUAUUACUCUGGGGAGACAACCAGUGACCAAGGAAACGAGGAUGAGGAAGAGCAAAAGGAGGUGAGCAACAGCACGGAGCUGCACUCCACGGAGAAGUGGUUCCACGGGAAGCUGGGCGCGGGGCGCGACGGGCGGCACAUCGCGGAGCGGCUGCUGACCGAGUACUGCAUCGAGACGGGCGCGCCCGACGGCUCCUUCCUCGUCAGGGAGAGCGAGACCUUCGUGGGGGACUACACCUUGUCCUUCUGGCGCAACGGGAAGGUGCAGCACUGCCGGAUCCACUCACGGCAGGACGCCGGCAGCCCCAAGUUCUUCCUGACGGACAACCUGGUGUUCGACAGCCUCUACGACCUCAUCACCCACUACCAGGAGGUGCCACUGAGGUGCAAUGAGUUUGAGAUGAGGCUGACAGAGCCAGUGCCGCAGACCAAUGCCCACGAGAGCAAAGAGUGGUACCACGCCAACCUGACGCGGGCGCAGGCUGAGCACAUGCUGAUGCGGGUGCCCCGUGAUGGAGCCUUCCUGGUGCGCAAGAGGAGCGAGCCCAGCUCCUACGCCAUCUCCUUCAGGGCAGAAGGGAAGAUCAAGCACUGCCGGGUGCAGCAGGAGGGUCAGACUGUGCUGCUGGGUAACUCUGAGUUCGAGAGCCUGGUGGACUUGAUCAGCUACUACGAGAAGCACCCGCUGUACCGCAAGAUGAAGCUGCGCUACCCCAUCAACGAGGAGACCCUGGAGAAGAUCGGCACAGCGGAGCCAGACUAUGGAGCCCUGUACGAGGGACGCCAUCCUGGGUUCUAUGUGGAAGCCAACCCCAUGCCCACCUUCAAGUGUGCAGUCAAAGCUCUGUUUGACUACAAGGCACAAAGGGAGGACGAGCUCACCUUCACCAAAAAUGCCAUCAUCCAAAACGUGGAGAAGCAGGAAGGAGGCUGGUGGAGAGGAGAUUAUGGUGGCAAAAAGCAGCUGUGGUUCCCUUCCAACUACGUAGAGGAAAUCACUAGUCCCACUAGCCUGGAGCCAGAGCGGGAGCAGCAGCUGGAUGAGAACAGCCCCCUGGGAGACAUGCUCGGAGGUGUCCUGGACGUGCCCUCCUGCCAGAUUGCCAUCCGGCCCGAGGGGAAGAACAGCCGCCUCUUCGUGUUCUCCAUCAGCAUGGCCUCGGUGUCCCGCCUGUCCCUGGACGUGGCGGCCGACACGCACGAGGACCUGCUGGACUGGGUGAAGAAGAUCCGGGAGGCAGCGCAGACAGCUGAUGCCAGGCUCUCUGAAGGGAAGAUGAUGGAGAGGAGGAAGAAGAUUGCCCUGGAGCUUUCAGAACUGGUGGUCUAUUGCCGACCUGUGCCCUUUGAUGAAGAGAAGAUCGGCACAGAGAGGGCCUGUUACCGAGACAUGUCCUCCUUUCCCGAGACCAAGGCGGAAAAGUACGUCAACAAGAUCAAGGGCAAGAAGUUCCUGCAGUACAACCGGCUGCAGCUGUCCCGCAUCUACCCCAAGGGCCAGCGCCUCGACUCCUCCAACUACGACCCCCUGCCCAUGUGGAUCUGUGGCAGCCAGCUGGUGGCACUCAACUUCCAGACCCCCGACAAGCCCAUGCAGAUGAACCAGGCCUUGUUCAUGUCCAGUGGCCAGUGUGGCUACGUCCUGCAGCCACCCAACAUGAGGGACGACAUCUUUGACCCCUUUGACAAGAGCACGCUGCGGGGCACAGAGCCGCUCUCCAUCUCCAUUGAGGUCCUGGGGGCCCGGCACCUUCCCAAAAAUGGAAGGGGAAUCGUUUGUCCUUUUGUGGAGGUGGAGGUGUCUGGUGCCGAGUAUGACAAUGCCAAGCAGAAAACAGAGAUUGUGGCUGACAAUGGCCUGAACCCUCUCUGGACUCCGAAGCAGUUCCACUUUCAGGUCAGCAACCCUGACUUUGCCUUCCUCCGCUUCGUGGUGUAUGAGGAGGACAUGUUCAGCGAUGAGAACUUCCUGGCUCAGGCCACCUUCCUGGUGAAAGGCUUGAAGACAGGGUUCCGAGCUGUUCCCCUGAAGAACAACUACAGCGAGAACCUGGAGCUGGCUUCUCUGCUUGUCAAGAUAGACAUUUUCCCUUGCAAGCAGGAAAAUGGUGAAAUAAACCCCUUCAGUGCUUCAUACCUACGGGAACGAGCAGGGGAUGGCUCCAGCCAGCUGCUGGCAAGCAGAGGCAGAGAGGGCUCCUUUGAGCUGCGGUACCAGCAGCCUUUCGAGGAUUUCCGUGUGUCCCCAGAGCAGCUCGCUGACCACUUCGAGAGCCGGGAGCGAAGGAUGCUGCGGAGGACCCGGGUCAACGGGGACAACCGGCUGUAGCCCAGGGCGGCAGCGAAAGCACCUCCAGUGCUUGUGAAUCUCACAGCACGCUGUGAACUGGUUUCUAUGGAAACGGCACUGCUAUGGCCUACUUUCAGGCAGCUUUUCCAGUUUCUCUGCUGAAGAGUGUUCCAGUGGAGAACUAAAAAAAAAAAAAAAAAAAAAA